AAUAUCAGAAUUUCAACUUAAGGAAUGGAGAAAUAUUUCAAAUAAUACUGUUAGUGUUUAUUAAAGUUAGUGUUAUCUAUUGAUGUAUUACUAUAUUAUAGACAUAGUACCUUAUUGUUGUUGUGAUUAGUUAUUUCUUCAUGUUUCCACUGACUUACGUACAACCAACAACGACUUUUAUCAAUUGCAUAGAUUUAUGUAGGUACAAAGUGUACCAACCAACCUUGUUUAGUAUGACUGUUACUGUUGUAUUUAUGCACGACAGUUGUUCCUGUUGCAUAUGGACGACAUAAUUGGAACAAUCAACGAGAACUGGCUCCCGCGCGAGGACACGGGCGGGUGCAGCGAUGUCGGCAUCAAUCGCCCUGGAAACGCGAUUCUAGGUCACACGGAAGACGCAUUCGCAGAGACGCUAAACCAUUUCUACUUUAUAUCGGCGCACGUUACACCCACUCCGGAAGAUCGGGCAAAUGGGGCCGUGGAGGAGCACUUCACGUCGCUGUGCUACGCCGGCCAAUUGCCUGGAUACACUAUGAGCUUCAACGAGCACGGCCAGGUGUUCACUAUCAACACGCUUAGUCCCAAAGCACUCAAGCCGGGACACACACCCCGCACGUUCAUGACGCGCGCCCUGCUUGCGGCGAGGAAUAUGAAUGAAGCCGACCGCUGCUUGCUGGACAAGGGUCUUGGCGUGGCCAACGGCUUCUCCGUAAACAUGUUUUGGACGAACGCCGCCGGAAAACACCAGCUGCGCAACAUCGAAGUGGCGCCCAACCUCGUUGGAGACAGUUCGUUACUGCAUGAAAAGACAUUCAACGAGGAAGCUUUGGUGCACUGCAACUUAUACUUGCGUCUGCCAGUGGUGGAGGUGAUCGGGCCAAUCAUUGAUAGCAGCAAAGUGCGCCUUGAGUUGCUGCGGCAACACGGCAAACCGACUUCGCGCAACGAUAUCGCCGAUGCCCUCUCCAUCACAUCCGGCAAGGAAUUCACCGUCUUCCAGAAAAAACCAGAUUCCACCAUUAAAACUAUUGCUGUCGGUAUCUUCGACCUGGAAGCGCGGACAUGGAGCGUGUACGUAAACGAGCCCAACGCCUCGGAACCAGUCGCCGUUCUGCCAAUGCGUUUUACGGAGCUCACUUGUGAUGACGCAGCUUUCUAAUUACUUAUUAGUUAAAAUCAAUACACUCAAUCAUUGACCAUGACUCACACCAAACACAAAGAUAUUCAACUUUAAUUCUGAAAUGUUACAAGUCAAACUUGUAAAAGUGCAUAAAUUAUUAUAUUGAAAUUCAAACCAUUUCAAGUGCAUGUGACAUCAAGUAAGUCGUAGGUAAUAGGACUGUGUUCUACCCUGUACCUGAUAUAAUAACUUGGGUGUCCGAAACUUUCGAGUUUUAGCGGUGUCCUUUAUCUUGAGUUAGUAUUUACCUACGGUAGGAAACCGUCUUCUAUUCUCUGCUUCUAAGCCUUAAUCCACCAUUCAAGUGACAUUGUCCAAAUUUACAGGGCUAUACCAUUAAGACCCGACAAUCUGUUUAAAUAAAAACCGUUUAAAAAAUCGCUAUAUAUUGCGACUUGAAAUGUGACUACCGAAAGGUUAGAUUCAGUUAAUAGUAUUAUAAUAAGACAGCAUAGCUUAUAUACAUAUAAAUAUAUAUAACGCUAAAUAUAACACUAUAAUAGUACAUUAUGAUAUAAGUGCGGUAAGUUGAAAAUGACAGCCGAGGCGAUAUUGCUAUAAGAAAGCAGAGGCUGUAAUUUUCAAAGCGCACGUAUGUCAUACGACGUUUUAUAACAUAUUUGCGAGGAAAUAAAUAAGACUCUGACUUUCUUAAACGAAUAAAUCUUUAAUUACUUGUUAAAGCA